UCCAAAAUUCACUAUAAAUAGACCCUCUAUAUUCCUAGAUGGGCAUCACAAAUACAAAGAUAGCAUUCAUUAUUGGAGCUGAGAUAAGAAAUUUUGUUCAGCUCUGAUGGCCUCUAGACAGUUUAUGGUCCUUGCAAUCGUUGCAGUUGUUCUUCCCACUGUGGCCAUGGCAGCUGAGUUCACUGUUGGAGAUGACCAAGGCUGGACCAAGGGCUUCGACUAUCAAGCUUGGGCCAACGGCAAAACGUUUCUUGUUGGAGACACACUAGUCUUCAAGUACACUCAGGGAAACCACAAUGUCUUCAAAGUGAACGGGACUGCCUUCAAGGACUGCACUUUACCACCAGCGAAUGAGGCUCUUACCACUGGAAAUGAUACGAUAACACUCGCCGCCCCUGGAAAUAAGUGGUACAUUUGUGGUGUAAGCGACCACUGCGCCAAAUACGGACAGAAGCUGGUCAUCACUGUACAUGGCUCCCUGUCUCCUGAACCAACCCCCACACCAGGCGCCCCCGCACCUUCACCCAGUUCUGCUCAUGGGUUCUCAGUGUCGGGUGAUCUAGUUCCAAUGGCAGCCAUGGUUGCAGUCGCACUCCUUGCAGUUUGAUCAGUCUUAACCUGAGUGCAUUUCAUCAUUUUCAGUUUGCUUCCAGAAAGAAUAAGAAUUGCGUUGUGCCCAAUAUUAGUUUUUUCCAGACUAUUUGUUUGUGUUUUGCCAUUAUAUAUGGAUUGAAAACCAAUCCAAGUACUUUAUGAUUGUGUUUCCUCAAUUAUUUUAUC